AUGGAUCAUAGUGAAAGUUACUCUACAGCACCUCCAAAAAAGGCAAACAACAAUAAUAAUAAUAAGAAUAAUAAGAAUAAUAAUAAUAAUAAGAAUGGUAAUAAGAAAGGACCAAAUAAACAACAACAACAACAACAAAAACAAAAACAACAACAACAAGAAAAAGGUAGUCUAAGAAAGAAAGGAAAUCUUUAUAAAUCGAUUAAAGAAGAACAAGUAAAUAAGAAAAAGAAUAGAGAGAUUGCUUUAAAACAAUAUCAUGAAGAGAUUAAAGAAUUAAACAAAAGAAUUAAAGAUGAAGCUCCUGCUAGAGGUAGUAACCCAUUAGCAAAUAAAGUAAAUGAUGAUAAAAAGAAUGAAGAAUACAAGAUAUCAUACUCUGCAGCAUCAAAGUUUAAUCAAUUACCAAUUUCAAAGUUGACAAUGAAAGGUUUGGAUGAAAAAAAGUACAUUGAUAUGACUGAUAUCCAAAGAUCUUCUAUUCCACAUUCACUUUGUGGUCGUGAUAUUCUUGGUGCUGCAAAGACUGGUUCUGGUAAAACUCUUGCUUUUAUUGUUCCUAUGCUUGAAUUACUUUAUAGAAAUUCAUGGAAUAUUGAAGAUGGAGUUGGAGCUAUUAUAUUAUCACCAACUAGAGAACUUGCUAUUCAAAUAUUCGAUGUGUUGAGAGAUGCUGGAAAGUAUCAUUCAUUUUCGGCUGGUUUGAUUAUUGGUGGCAAAAAUGUAGACAAUGAAAAGAAAAAGAUCAACGAGAUGAAUAUUUUGAUUGCUACACCAGGUCGUCUUUUACAACAUAUGGACGAGACUGAAGGUUUUAGAUGUAAUAACCUACAGAUGCUCAUUCUCGACGAAGCAGAUCGUAUCCUCGAUUUUGGAUUCACCAAAACACUCAAUUCCAUCGUUCAGAAUCUUCCAUCUAGCAGACAAACUCUUUUGUUUUCUGCCACUCAAACAAAGUCUGUUAAAGAUCUAGCUCGUCUCAGUCUACGUGAACCAGAAUACGUGUCAGUCUAUGACCGUGAUCUCAUGUCUACACCAGCCAAUCUCACUCAAACUGUCAUGUUUUCAACACUCGAAGACAAGAUUAAUCUCUUGUACUCGUUUUUACACUCACAUUUGACAAAAAAGACUAUUGUCUUUUUGACUACAUGUAAACAAGUCCGAUUUAUCUAUGAAACCUUUUAUUUGAUUAAUCCUGGGUGUCGUCUUUUCCAGUUGCACGGCAAGAUGAAGCAAACAUCACGUCUCGACGUAUUCCAACAAUUUUGUGAUGAAAAGAUGGGUACGUUGUUUGCCACCGAUGUCGCUGCUCGUGGUCUCGAUUUCCCAACUGUCGAUUGGGUCAUUCAAAUGGAUUGUCCAGAUGACAUUGCCACCUAUAUACAUCGUGUUGGUCGUACCGCCCGUAACAACACUGAAGGAAACUCUCUUACCGUCCUCCUCCCAACCGAGAAACCAUUUAUCAAAUUGAUGGAAAAGCAAAACAUCCACCACCAAAUCUUGGAAACCAACCCCGAAAAAUCAAUCAACAUUCAACCCAAAUUAGCAGCCAUCCUCUCUGAAAAGGUUGAUCUCAAGUAUUUGGCUCAAAAGGCAUUUAUCACAUACGUCAAGUCAAUCUACCGUCAAGACAACAAAGAGGUGUUUAGUUUGGAGGGAUUGGAUUUAAAGGCAUUUUCAAACUCGAUGGGUUUGCCAGGUGCUCCCAACAUCCAAAUUGGAAAGACCCUAAAGACCGACAAGAACAACUCCUACAAGUUGACAGAACUACAAAAGAAACAAUACGAAAAGAAAUUGGAAAAGGAGAAAAAGGCAAAGGAACUAGAGGAAAGAGGUGAGGAAUUGGUCGAAGACGAAGACAACCUCUCAGAAGAUGAAAAGGAAGUGCCAAAGAUUUCAAAGUACAAUGUUUCAAGAGUUGAAAGAUUGUUCAAGAGAAAGAAUCCAAACGUCUUUUCAGAGGAGUUUGAUAAGCUCAGGGACAAGAUGGAUGAAGAGGACGACGUGUUUGUCAUGAAGAGAAAGGAUCAUACACUCGAAGACGUACAAGAAGAGAUUGAGGAGAAUGACAAGACCACCGAACUCAAUAGACGUCAACAAAACAGAUUGGUCAAGAUCCAAAACAGAAUCAUCAACCCCGAGGUAAAGAGCAAGAUUCAAUUGGACGAAGCCAAUGAAUUUGUUGGACAAGAUCAUCAAUUGCCACAAGAUUACAUUGAAGAGAUGAAAUCUAGAAUGGAACAAGUCGAUCCAGAAGACAAGGAAGUACACAAACAAAAAUUACGUGACCGUCGUCAAAGAAAACUUUUGAAAUUAAAGGAAAAAGAAAGACCUCAAGGAAAGGAUCAAGAAGAUGGACAAGAUGGAGAAAAAGGUGGAGCUUAUUUUGUUCCUCAAUCAGAUGAAGAGGAAUAUGAAUAUAUUGAUGAUGGUGAAGAAUAUCAACCAAGUGACAACGAUAGUGAUGGUGAUUCAAGUGAAAGUUCAUAUGAAUAUACCUAUGAUGGUGAAGAAUAUAAACCAAGUGAUGAUGAAGAAAGUGAAAGUGAAGAAGAAGAAGAAGAACCAGUCAAACCAACUAAAAAGAAUAUCAAGUCAAUCAAAUCAACUCCACAACCAAAACCAGUCUUAGGAAAAAGAUCAAUCGAUGAACAAGAAGAAGCUGCUUUACAAAUUUUGAAAAGACGUAAAUAA